AUGGGAAAGGUCCGAGCCGUCAGGCGUAAGCUCGCACAGUUCUUCAACUGGCGGGUUAGUGUGACCUUGACAGAUGGCCGCGUUCUGGUGGGUGUCCUCAUGGCUGUGGACAGGCAUGUGAAUAUCGUCUUGUGCAACACCGAGGAAUACCGGAAGUACAAGGUCAAGGGCAAGCCCGAGGGCAAGGAGCUCAAGAGGAUGCUUGGCUUCAUAGUGGUCCGUGGGACUGGCAUUCUCUACAUCCAGCCCGAGGAACUCGGAAAGGAGGACUUAGUCGAGACGGACAAGCCGCGUAAGAAGGCGGCCCCAGCGGCUACGCCAGCUGCUAAGCCCGCCCCAGCCGCAAAGGCUGCUGCAGCCCCGGCCUUGAAUGCAGCAGCGCUUCUGGCGGGUAUGCGGCCACCGCUGAUGAACCCCCUGUUGGCUGCUGGACUCCGACCUGGUGGCCUUCCUGGUAUGCCUGGUAUGCCUGCGCUGCCUGGUAUGCCGAACAUGGGCUUGCCGAACAUGGGGGGCAUGCCGGGUGCUGGCCGGGGAAUGCCAAGCAUGCCUGGCAUGCCGGCCAUGCCGCGACCAAUGUGA